AUGCUGCUCGAACGGGCAUGGUUGGCUUUGCUUGGACUGGGGGCAUACCUCGUCCUGCGAAGUAUCUACCGUCUUUUCUUCCACCCUCUGCGAAAAAUUCCUGGUCCUAGGCUGGUGGCGAUUACCCAUGGUGUUGAAUUCUAUUACAAUUGCGUGCUAGAUGGGAGAUAUAUAUUCGAAAUUGAAAAAAUGCACCAGAAAUAUGGUCCAAUUGUUCGAAUCAGCCCUAAUGAAGUGCACAUCAUCGAUCCUCUCUUCUACGACGAAAUUUACGCACCCAGUAGCCGACGACGGGAUAAGGACGUGAGAGUCACUAAAGCCACCGGAGUCGAAGGUUCUAUGAUAGCAACUGCACCGCACGACCAUCACCGUAUCCGCCGAGCCAUUCUGAGUGAAUUCUUCUCUCGGCGCUCAAUUCUCAACAUGACUCCAAUCAUUGACCAAUACCUACAAAAGCUUGGAGAUCGCUUAGGCCAGCUCCACGGCAGCAAGACAGUCGUCCGUUUAGACAACGCCCUGAACGCGUUUACCUCUGAUAUCAUCACUGAAUAUUGCUAUGGGAAAAGUUGGGGAUUUCUGGAAGACGAACACUUCAGGAGUGAUACUCGCGGCGCUCUUCUGGAGACGGCAAAUACUCUGCACGUCGGUCAAUUUGCACCGUGGCUUAUCCGACUCCUCCGUAGGAUACCAGUUCACCUACUCCGCCGUAUGCAGCCUGGAAAAGCGACUAUCUUCGAGGCUAUGGAGGCUAAUGAGAAACGAAACAUGUUUGAUAAUUUGGUUGAUCCUGCUGUCCCAGCCUCGGAGCGGACACUUGAUCGUCUUCAGGAGGAAGGACUGGUUGUCCUGGGGGCGGGGACAGAAACAGUGGCUCACACACUGACUAUAUCAAUCUUCUAUCUUUCGAGGAAUCAGGAGAUUCUGCAACGAUUACGCACCGAGUUAAAACAAGUGCUACCGAUACCGACUAGCAAUGCAAGCCUUUUGGAAUUGGAAAAGUUGCCUUAUCUAACGGCGGUUAUUUACGAAACUCUUCGUUUAGCCUACGGCCCUAUCACUCGCAUGCCUCGGGUUGCACCGACUGAAAGCUUGAGAUAUGGGGAACAUGUGAUUCCUCCCGGUACCCCAAUGUCUGCUAUCACCUACUUCAUUCAUCGCGAUCCAACUCUCUUCCCCAAUCCGGACAAAUUCGAUCCCGAGAGGUGGCUUCAGGGUAGUCAGAGUGAGGACCUGAAACGGUAUAUUGUCAAUUUCACUAAAGGAAGUAGAGGUUGCCUGGGUAUUACAUUGGCGUAUGCGGAGAUUUACAAGGCUAUUGCUGGGCUUGCACGUCGCUUCGAUUUCGAAUUGCACGAUACGUCGAUGGAGGAUUUGAAGAUUGUUGGAGAAAGAGUUUUUGCAAUUACGAGGCGCGGUCAGACUCAGGUGUAUGUGACAGUCUCUGAUUUAGCCAAGAUGUGA